CGGCGCUCGGUCUCUUUUCGCAGCUGAAGUUCAACGAGGCAACACGUAAGUGUGGUGCCGCUUGGGUGCAAAGAUGGUGAACCACCGUAUUCCUUCGGUCUUCUCGAAGACCUACGUUACGCCACGUCGUCCGUACGAGAAACCUCGUCUCGAUGCGGAAUUGAAAUUCAUUGGCCAGUAUGGUCUGCGUAAUAAGCGCGAGGUUUGGCGUGUCAAGUACACGCUGGCCAAGAUUCGCAAAGCCGCCCGUGAGCUGCUAACGCUGGAGGAGAAGGACGAGAAGCGUCUAUUCCAGGGUAACGCCCUGCUCCGUCGUCUUGUCCGUAUUGGUGUGCUGGAUGAAUCCCGCAUGAAGCUCGAUUACGUACUCGGUCUGCGUAUUGAGGAUUUCCUUGAGCGCCGUCUGCAGACGCAAGUGUUCAAGCUCGGACUGGCCAAGUCGUACCAUCAUGCCCGUGUAUUGAUCCGCCAGAGACACAUCCGUGUCCGCAAGCAGGUGGUGAACAUUCCCUCGUUCAUCGUCCGGUUGGAUUCGCAGAAGCACAUCGACUUCUCGCUGAAGUCUCCGUUCGGCGGUGGCCGUCCUGGACGCGUCAAGAGGAAGAACAUGAAGAAGGGCCAGGGUGGCGGCGGCGGUGCCGAGGAAGAAGAGGAGGAUUAAACUGCUGGAACGAAUCUGUCCCCGCUCUGUGUGGUGGUUGGUUUUCACUCACAUGCGGGGGUGGAUUUGCUGCUGAAUAUGUAACAAUAAAAACAACCUCCA